AUGGCUUAUGAUGGAAUUAUUACUAAUGUUGUAACUGAGCUCUUGGAGGUGUUGGCUUCAGCCAUAACUCAAAACAUUAAUCUGGCUUGGGGUUUCAAAAAUGAACUGAAAAAACUUGAAAAGACCUUAGUGAAGAUUCAAGCAGUAAUGGAGGAAGCUGAGAAACAACAAAUAACGGAUAAGUCUGUGAGAGAAUGGUUGAAAGAUCUCAGAGACAUAGCUUACGACGUUGAUGAUGCUUUGGAUGAUUUCUCAUAUCAAAUCAUGCGUAAAGAUCAAAUCAAAGGCUUGGAAAAGAAGUUACGUGAUUGCUUUUCAAUAUCUUUCAAUAAUCCACUUAUAUUUCGUUUGAAGACCACUAGCAAAAUCAAAGAUAUCAAUAGAAGGUUAGAAGAUAUUCUUAAGAAUAAAAUUAUGUUUCAGUUCCCAAAUAGUACUACUACCAUGGUUUCUAGUACUACUACUGCUUGCUGUCUAAGCACUGACGAUAUCCGAGAGACCAUGAGUUUUGUUGACGAUCCAUCAAAAUUCGUCGGGAGGGAUGAUGAUAUGUUAAGAAUUGUAGAACUUUUGACAGGCACAUCAUCUCAUUCUGAAAAGCUCCAUGUUGUACCCAUUGUUGGUAUGGGGGGACUGGGGAAAACCACCCUGGCUCAAUUUGUCUGUAAAGAUGAGUCAGUCCUUAGCUGCUUUGAGCAAAUUAUUUGGGUCUGCGUAUCUGAAAACUUUGAUGUCAAAAACAUUGUAAAAGAAAUUAUUGAUCAGGUCAUAACUGGAUGUAAUAAAAAGUGUGAUAAUUCAUCAAGCAUACAGGUGAUGGUUCGUGAACUACAUGCCAAUCUGGGUGGCAAGAAGUUCUUGCUAGUAUUGGAUGAUCUCUGGAACGAAGAUAAAGACAGGUGGGAGAUGCUUACAAGUGUGUUAACAAUCGGCGCUGAUGGAAGCAAGAUCUUAGUCACCACUCGUAAAGAUCAAGUUGUAUCAACGGUCCGUGGGACAAUUAGUCCCUACUAUUUGCAACGACUAACGGUUGAUGAAUGUUGGUCUAUCAUCAAGAAAAAAGCAUUUGCUGCUGGUGGUGCGAAAGAGACUUCGAGAAUGGUUGAAAUUGGAAAAGAUAUAGCGAUAAAAUGUGGUGGUUUACCACUUGUUGCAAGAACUCUUGGAAGUCUUAUGCACACAAAGAGUACAGUAGGAGGCUGGGAGUCAAUCAAAGCAAAUGAGGUUUUCAAGAUGCCAGAAAGUCAAAGUAAAAUCAUAUUGAUAUUGAAGCUCAGUUAUGAUAAUUUAUCAAUGCAGUUAAGGCGAUGUUUUUCUUAUUGUUGUGUGUUUCCUAAGGAUUCUGAAAUUUCAAGAAAUACUUUGAUCUAUCUAUGGAUGGCUGAAGGAUUCCUUAAAAAAUCUGGCGAAGGAAAUAAAAAUACAAUGGAGCAUACUGGAAAUGAAUGUUUCAACCAUUUGUUGCAGAGCUCGUUUUUCCAAGAUGUAAAAAAGGAUAACCAUGGAGGAAUAGAGACAUUUAAGAUGCAUGAUCUAAUACAUGAUCUUGCAAGCACAAUGAUUGAGAAUCACGAAUGCUCAGUCUGGAAGACAAGUGAGUUGGAGUAUAAUUCAAAAGCUUGUCGUAUACAGGUGGUUUUUGAUGCUAAGGAAAUCUCUCCACUGUUCCAAAAGUCAUUGGCUAAUGCACAGAAGUUACGCACAAUUAUUGCCGUUCAAGGAGACUGCCGUGAUAUUCAAGUUGAGAUGUUCUUAGCUAAUAGGCACUUGCGGGCAUGGAAAAAAAAUCUGAUUCUUGAUCUGUCUGAUAAUCAAGCCAUAACUGCUCUUUAUAGUUUGCAAACAUUGGUGCUACAACAUUCCAUCAAGAAACUUCCUGAAGACAUUGGAUCAUUAAAAAAUUUAAGGCAUCUUGAUCUAUGUCCUAAUAGUCAACUUGAAGGACUACCUGAGUCUGUCACUAGUCUUACUAACUUGCAGUUGUUGAAUCUCAAUUUAUGUGGGUUGAAAUGCUUACCAAGAGGAAUAGGAGGCUUGAAACAUUUAAAAUGUCUAAAUCUCUCUGAAACUAAGAUUAAGGCAUUACCCGAGUCCAUCACAGAUUGCUGCCGUUUGGAAAUGCUGGAUCUUCAUGGAAAUAGGUCUAUCGAAGCCCUUCCAAGAAAUAUUGGUGAUUUGAAAAGUCUAAGGUGCCUUGAUAUGUCUGACACAAAGAUAAGAAAGCUACCUGACUCUAUAACUGGUCUGGAUAACUUGAGUGUGUUGAUACUUAACUGUUGUUGUAGUCUUGAAGAAAUACCGCUUGGCUUUGGAGUUUUAGGUAAACUAACAUUCCUUGAUUUCUCUCACACUCAAAUCAAUGAGUUACCAGAGUCCUGUAAUAACGGCCUCCAUAGUUUGGAGACAUUGACUAUAGGUGGGGAUUUUGUGUUUUCUAAACAAGUCAAGAAUUGGGUGAAUCUGAAACAUCUCAUAUCAGGGGGAUCGCCUACACUAAGAGGUAUAGAACGCCUUACUAAUCUUCAAACCCUAUCAAGAUAUUCCGUGAGGCAGCACACUGGUGAUGAUGAUGAUGAUGGUAUUGCAGAUUUGGGAGAACUCAAUCUCCUUCAAGGGAAAUUGGAAAUUGUAAACUUACAAAAUUUGAAAGGUGGAACACAAGAAGCCCGGCGAGCGAAUCUAAAACUGAAGCAAAACAUUCGCCAGUUGGUGCUACAUUGGUCUAAUAGAUAUCUCAAAGAAGUAACUGAGGCAGAGGUAGAGGUGGUGACUGACGAGGAUGUGUUGACUGGUCAAAUCAUUGAGCUAGGUGAAGAUGUGUUGACUGAUGAAGUCACUGGCGCAGAGGUGGAGGUGUUGCAUGAUGGAGUCAUUAGGGCAGUGGAAGAGGUGUUGAGUGAUCAAGUGGUGUUGGAAGGUCUCCAACCUCAUCCUAAUUUGAGAGAGUUGGUUAUUGAAAAUUUCUUAGGUAAGAAGUUGCCAUCAUGGUUGACAAGUAAUGGUGUUUCAUUGUCACUGCCAUUGCCAUGUUUGGUGGGCAUCGAGCUUAAACAUUGUUUAAGGUGUGAACAGGUUUUAGGGCUUGGCCUCCUCCCGUGUUUAAAAAAGCUCAUUCUAUGGGAAAUGAAAAAUCUGAAAGAAUGGACUGAGCCAUCGCCACCAGCAACAACUACACUUUCGCAAGGAACUUGUUUUUACCCUUGUCUUGAGGAAUUGGAAAUUAGUCUCUGUCAAAACUUAAGGGUGAUACCAUCUUCGAUGUUUCCUUCUCUAAAGAAGUUGGUUGUUCAGGUCAGCAACGUCACAGGGCUGUGCUCGUUGCUGCGAAACAACUUAAUCUCACUCGCCAAGGUUAAGAUUGGUAACAUUCCGGGGGUUGAGUUUCUACCAGUACAGAUUCUGCAACCAGGUCUGGAACUGUUAAAGGUUGAAGGAUGCCCUGAAUUUCAAGGUUUUCGUUUGAAUAAAGUGGAGUGCAACUUCUACUUUAGUCGAAUGACUUACCUUCGUAAAGUGGUGAUUCAUCAUUCAGAAAAAUGGAAGCCUUUAAAAGAUUUUCAAUACCUACCCAACCUGGAGGAACUGGAGCUUUGUUGUAAUAGUGUUUAUGAUGAUUCAUCUUCAGCCUCUGCCUCGACACCAGAAUCAACAUCAUCACCAGCAGAAAAUGAAGAAGCAGAGGGUAUUCAACACCUCAUCUCCCUUCGUAACUUGAAAAUUCAUGGAUGGUCCAAUUUUCAUUCUCUGCCUCACCAACUUCAAUACCUCACAAAUCUAAGGGAGUUGAAAAUUAAGAAUUGUGAUGGUUUUGUGGAGUUGCCAGAGUGGCUUGGAAACUUUUCAUCACUUGAAGAAUUGUACAUUGCAGAGUGCAAGAAUCUGAUGCAACUGCCUUCUAAGGAAACCAUGCAAACACUCACUUCACUUGAAGAACUAUCUGUGUAUGUUUGCCCUCUAUUGGAGGAAAGCUGUGCAGACAUAGAAGGUGAAGAGUUUCAAAAGAUAUCUCAUAUCAAAACCAUAACACCAAAACCAUUGGAAUUGGUGGCAUUCUGUACUUACAUGGACCCUGUAGUCAGUGUCAUCUCAUCUCAGGCUGUUGCUGAAGCUGCUAACAUUGGGUGGAUUUUAUAG